CUCAAACAGACGGUGAGUAUCACAACCCUGGAGCGCUAGAGUGACUCAGGCAACAGUAAACAUGUCUCAGGUCUUUAGGUUGGCAGCAGAAAAAUUGUAUGUGGCACAAGAAAUAUUGGACAGAUUCAUUCGUUGUCUAAUACUACAAGGUCCCCAUCCAAGACUAGCAGUGCUGGUAGAUCAGAGGACUUCACAGCAGCCAAAACCAGCCAGUUUAUCCCAAAAUUCUCCAGAAGAACUGAUUGGAGAUGGAAUUUUGUGGGCAGUACCCAAAAGUCGAAGAAGUCGUGAGAGGAGACUUCUGAGAAAAUUUGGGUCAGAAAGUGGCCAUAAGAAGAUGCUGCCCAUACUUAAACUUCUUACCUGUGAUGACUGUGGUCAUGUUCAUGAACCUGGUCGAUUGUGCCCUAACUGUUAUGCCAAGAAUAUAGAAAUAACUGAGGCCAUGCAGGAGGCAAUGAACUCCACUCAAGGACUCAACCCAAUUGAACAUGAGGUUCUCCCUGUCUUUAAAGGAGAAAACAUCAAUACAAAAGAUGGAUUUUUUCAGGGAAAGCAGGUUGUUGAGGUAGCAAGAGAGCGUCCACAGUGGUUUUCUCGUAGACUGACUUUGAAGUCCAACAUUACAACUUCCUCGGACACUACUACAGCCAAGCCCACAAAUUUAGCAUGAAAACUCACCUGUGUAUGUUUGGUAUUUUUAAUGUAUGCCCUUAAGCCAGGCAUCACUUGUUAUUUGUUCAGGCCUCCAAGUGGGUUCUGUGUCUGACAGCACUUGUUAUUCUGCAUGCCUCCUUGGAGGCUAUGUAUCUGACCACUACACCAGUGUUACUGAUCAUCCUGCUCUCCCCAUACCCCUCGAUGCCCUCAAAUGGGGGAGAUUAGGUACAGUACAAGGGUUACUUUAUGGAAGCAGGUGUUUUAGAACCAUUUCUUCCCAGUAAGCUCAAGCAUCAUGCCAUAUCAGUCAAAUACUUUAAAUACAAGUACAGUAGACUCGCAAUUUACGCGAAGGUUACGUUCCUGGGACCUUGCGUAAGGCCAAAAAACCCCGGGAGGUUGAGGGAGGGGACGUGAAGUGUUUUGACAGCCGACACCAAGGUUUACCCAGUGUGUAUUUAUUUGUCAUAGAGAUGAGUAAGUUUUUCUCUUAUAAAAUGUCACUGAAUUGACCUGGGAGAAUAUACUUUACAUUGCUGGGAUUCUUAUAAGAUAGUGAUUAAUUUGAAUUAAAACAUGCUAUAGUUUGCACUCGACAAUUUUUUUUGAAAAUUUUUUGUUUGAAAUUGGAAAUUGUAACCUAACCCCCGGGGUAAUCGGCGUACAGUAUAGUUGAAACCGGAGAAGAAAAAUUUGCGUAAGUUGCGAAUCUACUGUACUGUACUUUAUCAGUCCCUGUUAACUUGUAAAUGUUUUUCGAGUUAAGAUAUCUUCUAUUUCGCAUAGUUGAAAUUUUCCUAAAAAAAAUGCAUUCAAUAACAAUAGUCAAAUUACCAUAGAAAUACAUGUACAGUAAAAGUCCAAAAAUCCGGAUGCCAGAAAUCCGGACCACCCGAGAAUUCGGGCUUUUCGAAAACUCAAUUUAUUUAUUUAUUUUUUUAGCUGGCUUUUGUGUGU